AGAGUGUCCCCAGUUCUUCAAUUAGUCUGUAUUGGUCUCACUUGUUUUAUUUCAGCUGAGUAGAUCGUUAGCAUCAGACAUGGUUUUGUUAAUUUCUUAUGUAACCCACAGCCAACAUAAAUUUAUGUUAAUGGCAAUCUGGGGCAUAAUUUGUUGCGACAUUAUCUUGGAUAGUCGGGUGCCAAUCAUAAUAUCAUGGCGAGGUACUUGUACUGCAGCUAUCAUCUCAGCGUUUUUGGCACAGUGGUUUUCAUACAUGCAAAAGAAACGGCAAGCUCAACCUUCACCCAAGCGCCCUUGGAGCCUUAUUGAGCAUCAUGCUACCUAUACGUUUUUAUUUGUUUUCCCGGUUGCUCUCUUUUUGACAUGUGCUUGGGCUUUUAUCAUGGAUCCCCAACUGAACAAAACUGUCCACUUAUGGUUGGCAAUGGGGCUUGCGGCUUUUAAAAUGGGGGAUUUCAUGAAAUACUACCGUAGUUUUAGUUCUUGUAAUGGGGUUCCUUUGAAGAAGAACGGGUUCAACGUUACACUAGCAGCUGUGGGUUUUGCAUCAUAUGUCUUUUCUGUUUAUCCAUUGAUGAAUUCCACCGGAGAAGAAUAUAAUAUAUGGUAAGUUAAGCUCAUGUUGUUUGUAUCAAUUGCCGUUACUGAUAAUACGAUAGGAAGCCAGUCAUGUACAAUAUAGUGCUAAGCACAGUGUUGAUGCCGAUUUUGAUGAACUGGAACUUGUCCAAACAUCCGUUUAACGGAAAUUUGUACCUGCAAUUGUCUCGGCAGGUGUUCUUUAUGGGCCUGUUCAACGCUUAUUCAUUCGUCUACGAAAAAGAAGACGGCCGCAAAAGUUCAUUCAAUCGCUGUACUUGCGCUUGUUAUCCAU